AUGUUGCAUGGGGAAACGCCAUCUGACGCUAUGCAAAAUGGAUUUGAUGAUAUACAGCAGGCUGAUCUGGAUUCGUCUAAGCUGCCCGGACCAGCGAAUGAAGGAAGAGAAAAAGUUGGGAAUAUUAUAAAUGAGGGCAUCAUAAACACGUCAAAUAGUGACGAUUGUUUUGGCGUUUAUAUGUCGUACAUUGACGCGGACCUGCCCAUCUUCCCGGCCUUGUUCGAUCCUCUAUCGAGAGACAAUAGACCCGCGGCAAGUUGUUUGUAUUUCGAUUCGAGUGUCGAUUUGGCGGCGUAUAUGGGAGAAGUGAUGAAGAAGUUGUCGAGUGCAAAUUCUGGUGGUGUAUAUCCUCUUGAGUUGUUGACGUUGAAGCCCGCUGGCACGGUCGAGUUGGGUUCACAGUAUUCGGUGAGCUGUGAUGAUUUAAUAGAAGCUCUCGGGUGGUCACGACCUAAAACGCCCAAGCUCACUGAUGAUGCGGUGACACCAGUGAAGGGUGAUGUCGAUUUGAGCACAAAUGUGGAUGUUGAAGAACUCCAACAUGAACCUAGAAGAGAGAAAGCAGUCCGUAUCUCUGGAGUUAGCGGUGACAGUUUUUGUGGUUUCGAUUGGAGACGAGAGAUUCUUCAUAACAAGUUCUUCUUCAGCAGCAGUGACCGAGACCAGCAGUAG